AUGGAUUGCGAAUCGGUUCAGCAGAGGGAGUUGGAUCGGGUCAAGGGGCCGUGGAGCCCCGAAGAGGACGACCUGCUGAGGAAGCUGGUGCAGCGGCACGGCGCUCGGAACUGGACUCUGAUAAGCAAGUCGAUCCCGGGAAGGUCCGGGAAGUCGUGCCGGCUCCGGUGGUGCAAUCAGCUCUCACCGGAGGUGGAGCACCGGGCGUUCACGGCGGAGGAGGACGAGAUCAUCGCGGCGGCGCAUUCGAAAUACGGCAACAAGUGGGCCACCAUAGCCAGGCUCCUCAACGGCCGGACGGACAAUGCGAUCAAGAACCACUGGAACUCUACUCUGAAGCGGAAGUACUCGUCCAUGGCGGAAGACGGCGGCGGCGGCGGCGUGGAGGAGAAUCAGUACCACAUCCUCAGGCCGGAGAAGAAAUCGGCGACGGCUUCGGUUUCGGGCCGCGGUUACAGUCCGACGAGCCCAUCCGGAUCCGACGUCAGCGACUCCGGCGUGGCGCCGGCUGUUACGUCGGCGCAGGUGUUCUGGCCGAUGGCGAGAGCAGUGAUGAGAACCGAGUCGCCGCCGCCGAGGAAUGAACCGGAGCCGUCGACUCUUCUGACUCUGUCCUUACCUGGAGGUUCCGAGGUGGCGACUCGCCGAGAAGAGAAAACGACGUCGUUAUGUUUAACGACGUCGUUAGAUGAGAAUCAGAACAGAACGAUGUCGUUUGGGCCGGAGUUCAUGUCUUUGAUGCAGGAGAUGGUUAGGAAGGAGGUUAGGAACUACAUGGACGAUAAGCACCUUGGUAUACCCAAGCUCUCGUAA